CGCGCCGACCACGUCGGGCCGCGACCCGGGGACCUCUGCCGCGGCGCCAUGGCCUCGGAGUCGGUGAAGGUGGUGGUGCGCUGCCGUCCCAUGAACCAGCGGGAGCGGGAGCUGAACUGCCAGCCCGUGGUGACGGUGGACUCGGCGCGCGGCCAGUGCUCCAUCCAGAACCCGGGCGCCCCCGACGAGCCGCCCAAGCAGUUCACCUUCGACGGCGCCUACUACGUGGACCACUUCACCGAGCAGAUCUACAACGAGAUCGCCUACCCGCUGGUGGAGGGUGUCACCGAGGGCUACAACGGCACCAUCUUUGCCUACGGCCAGACGGGCAGCGGGAAGUCCUUCACCAUGCAGGGCCUGCCGGACCCACCUUCCCAGAAAGGCAUCAUCCCCAGGGCCUUCGAGCACGUUUUCGAGAGUGUCCAGUGUGCAGAGAACACCAAGUUCCUGGUCCGGGCCUCCUACCUGGAGAUCUACAAUGAGGACAUCCGUGACCUGCUGGGGGCUGACACCAAGCAGAAGCUGGAGCUGAAGGAGCACCCGGAGAAGGGGGUGUACGUGAAGGGGCUCUCCAUGCACACGGUGCACAGCGUGGCCCAGUGUGAGCGUGUCAUGGAGACGGGCUGGAAGAACCGCUCGGUGGGCUAUACGCUGAUGAACAAGGACUCCUCGCGCUCCCACUCCAUCUUCACCGUCAGCAUCGAGAUCUACGCUGUGGAUGAGUGGGGCAAGGACCACCUCCGGGCUGGCAAGCUGAACCUGGUGGACCUGGCGGGCAGCGAGCGGCAGUCCAAGACAGGUGCCACAGGGGUGCGGCUCAAGGAGGCCACCAAGAUCAACCUGUCACUGUCGGCCCUGGGCAAUGUCAUCUCAGCCCUGGUGGACGGGCGCUGUAAACACAUCCCCUACCGGGACUCGAAGCUGACGCGGCUGCUACAGGACUCGCUGGGUGGCAACACGAAGACGCUGAUGGUGGCCUGCCUGUCACCUGCAGACAACAACUACGACGAGACGCUCAGCACACUGCGCUAUGCCAACCGGGCCAAGAAUAUCAAGAACAAGCCGCACGUCAACGAGGACCCCAAGGAUGCCCUCCUGCGCGAGUACCAGGAGGAGAUCAAGAAGCUGAAGGCCAUCCUGGCCCAGCAGAUGGGCCCCGGCAACCUGUCAGCCCUGCUGUCCAGUCAAGUCCCCCAAAACCCAGUCCAGACUGAGGAGAAGCUGAUGCCCCCGCCUGUGAUCCAGUCUAACACAGAGGCCGAGAAGCAGCUGAUCCGGGAGGAGUACGAGGAGCGCCUGGCCCGGCUGAGGGCCGACUACGAGGCGGAGCAGGAGUCCCGGGCCCGGCUGGAGGAGGACAUCACUGCCAUGCGCAACUCCUACGAUGUGAAGCUGUCCACGCUGGAGGAGAACCUGCGAAAGGAGACAGGCUCAGUUCUACGUACUCCUCAGGACAGCCCAGCAGAGGCUGUCCUCAAGGUGGAGGUCCUCAAGGCGCAGGGCACGACCAGGGCCGAGUUUGCCAACAGGUCUGAGUCCUUCCCCGCGUUCCACUAUGAGAUGGCCGUGAAACCCGAGGUCUACUCCAUGCCGCGCCCUCUGCCCAGCGAGGAUGUCUCCAGGCCUGAGGUUUCUCGCGGGUUCGAGGAGCUGCGCACGGCGGAGACCUCCAAGUCUGACGUGUCUGUGGGGUCUGAGGAGUCUUCCAGGCUCGAGGAGACCUCCGUGUCCGAGGCCUGCCCUGGGCCUCAGGAGCCUUCCCGCGUGGGGUUCUCCGUGCCCGAGGCGGAGGCCGAGAGCAGACACCUUCCAGAGCAUUCCGUCAGCUGGGAGGCCGUGGACCCCGCGCUGCAGACGGGGUCGGUCCCCGAGGAGGAGCAGCCCUCGCUCACAGCGCUGGGGCUGUUACCCCGCCUGCACGACCCAUUUGCCGAGGUGGAAGCCAAGCUGGCCAGGCUCUCCUCCGCGGUGGCUGUGCCCGAAGCGCCCCAGGCAGACACAGCCAAGCCCCCCGCACAGGUAGCCGAUGUCACACGGGACGCCACGUGGAAGCACCCCUCCCUGACGGAUCUGCUGGGGCCUAGUGUGGAUCUGCUGGGGCCUAGUGUUGUUAGGUCUGAAGCUGAGUCAGCUGACUGCCUCCUGCCCAGGCCUAAAGCACAAGAGGCCAUGGGGAACGAGAGGAAGGCUUUAAAUCGACCCACGUGUGUGGAGAGAGAAAACUAUCUGCCACCCUCUGGACUGGAUCGCUGGGAGGUUGACCAGGGCCCAGAAGUGGCCGAGGAGAUGAUGUUGACAGCAGAGCCUGGCAUAACGGCCGAGGCUGAGGCCCAGGUGGCCUUGGAGGCUCAGCCUCAGCCCAUGCUGGGCAUGACCAGUGUGAGAAGGGACAGUGUGGGCGUGGAGGUGACGGUGCUGACUGACGACCUGCUGCCUGUCGUGGACCAGCAGCAGGUGCUUGCCCGUCUGCAGCUGUUGGAGCAGCAAGUGGUGGGGGGCGAGCAGGCCAAGAACAAGGACCUGAAGGAGAAGCACAAGCGGCGGAAACGGUACGCGGACGAGCGCAAGAAGCAGCUGGUGGCGGCCCUGCAGACCUCGGACGAGGACGGCGGCGACUGGGUGCUGCUCCGCGUCUACGACUCCAUCCAGGAGGAAGUGCGGGCCAAGAGCAAGCUGCUGGAGAAGAUGCAGAGGAAGCUCCGGGCGGCAGAGGUGGAGAUCAAAGACCUGCAGUCAGAGUUCCAACUGGAGAAGAUCGAUUACUUGGCCACCAUCCGCCGGCAGGAGCGUGACUCCAUGCUCUUCCAGCAGCUGCUGGAGCAGGUGCAGCCCCUCAUCCGGCGGGACUGCAACUACAGCAACCUGGAGAAGAUACGGCGCGAGUCCUGCUGGGACGAGGAUAAUGGCUUCUGGAAGAUCCCCGAGCCCAUCAUCCUGAAAACCAGCCUCCCAGUAGCAGUUCCAACAGGGCCACAGAACAAGGCAGUCCGCAAAAGCUCUGCAGCAGACAACGGGGAACCAGGCACGCAGGAAGAAGACCGCUACAAGCUGCUGCUCAGCCGCAGCGACAGUGAAAACAUUGCCAGUAACUACUUCCGGUCCAGGAGAGCCAGCCAGAUCCUCAGCAUGGACCCCAUGAAGAGCCUCCCGCAUCACAGCUCGCCCCCCGGCCUCAGCUCCCCACUCAGCAACACUGCUGCCGUCUCGCCUACCCAGGCCCCCGAAAUGCCCCAGCCCCGGCCCUUCCGCCUGGAGUCCCUUGACAUCCCCUUCACCAAGGCCAGGCGUAAGAAAAGCAAAAGCAGCUUUGCCAGUGAGCCUCUGUGAACACGGCCUCCUGCUGCUGCCCUGCCUUGGGGCUUCCGUGAGACUGCCAGGCCCCCCAGGGCAGCCCCAGCCAGGCCUCCAACCCCCUGCCCCCAGGGUGUGCAGACGCCCGAGGGGGUCCUUGCCCUGGGAAGAGGCUUUCCCUUCCCUGUCACCCGUCCUCACAGAGGUGCGCUCCGACUCCCCACACCACAACAGUGUUCCAUCUGCUCACCUGUC